UGAAUCCCCUCCUGAAUGCCUGUCUGCCUGCCUGCCUGCUCCAUCACUGGAGAUAAAGGCAGCCUCCAGCCUUUCAUCUCGGCUGGCUGCGUUUUCCUCCUGUAACCAUGGUAACAGCCCCACUGCAGGUUUUUGUGUUGUUUUUUAUGCCUCAUGGUGUGAGGUGGGAUUAGAGGUGACCGGACGCAGUGUUUGCUGAGGUGGGAGCGUCUCCUGCUGCAGGAACAUGGAGGUGUCCCUGGAGCAGCUCCUGGAGGAGCUGGACAUCAAGCAGAGCAUGAUGACCGACCAGGACGUGUGCCAGUCUCUGUGCGCGCGCUUUGACCUGGCCUCUCUGGCUAAAAUCAGGAGGCUGCUGUUCUCCACAGCUUGCCUUGAUCCCACCUUCCCAGCCUCCCUCUUUAAAGGCAGGAUGCUCAGCUGCGUGGAGGAGGAGGAGCAGCACUCUAACAAGCUCAUUGCAGCAGCUGACAUCGUUACCAUCUUCAACUUGAUCCAGUUGAAUGAAGAAUUGGCUCCAGCCAAGAACCCGAAAGGUCCCAAAGAUAAGGCCCCCAGACUGCAGUCUGCAGAGCCGUUCAGGUCCAACACAGAAAGCAGCUUUAAAGAUGGCAGGAGGACCAACUGUGACGCCAAGCAGAGGGAUGCACGCCAGCAUCAGCACCACCACCACCACUCAAAGCAGCAGCCGCAGGUCCAGAGCGGAGACUCCUGCUCCAAAUUACCUGCGAGCAGCACCUUAGACCUUCAUCGCUCAUCAGACCCAAACUUCCUCCUACGCUUCACUAAAGACCUAGAAUGUAAAGAAGCUUCAUUGGAGCGUCAUCUACCUCAGCUUCUAGGCAGCAGCCAGGCGUCCAUCCGCCCUGAAAGGCAGAAUAGCUUCCUCCCUACAGAGCCUCCAGAUGAACCUGAUCUCCGGCAGCUCCUUGGCCACCCGCACAGUUUCACUCCUCACCAGAUGAAGGAGGACUGGCACCAAAAUCUGUCCUUCUCCUCACAGGUUCCCACCAGUGAAUGUCAUCAAAAAAGCAAAACUGGAGACAGCUGCCAAAGGGUCUAUUUGCGCAAACCGGCUCCAUAUUUUAACCACAGUUUUGAAUUGUCCUACAGUAACCCGUAUAUGGAUCCUGCAUUCAACUAUCCUAUGAAGGACAAAUUGAGGGUCAAGCAUGAAAGCCUGGAGGAUUUACAAACAUCCACCUACUUUGGACCAAUGCCAGCAUUAAAGCAUGUCACCAGGAGCAAGAACGUAACUGAAGCUGUGAAACAACCUGUGUGGCCACUGAAGAGCCUUAGUCUCAAUAUGCAAGAUGAUUCUGAUGUUUCUAAUAAAAGGAGUAAACAACAGAAAGGAAAUAUUCUUUACAGCAUCAGCAGAAGCCCUAAUAAAAAUGAACAAUUCUUUUCUAACUCAAAGGAAAAGGUUAUAGAUUCUCCCAACUUUACCAAAAAAUAUAACGGCAUAAAAACCAGCGAUGUUUCCUUGGUGGCAAGAUGCUCUGCAGGCAAAAAGCUGAGAGAGAAAAACUGGAGCGGGGGAUCCUUUCAGGGGACAGACGUCUCCUCUAGUGUUGGAACUCAAACGGAGCAGGCUGAUCCAAAAACCACCACAAACUACCCAUCCAAGUUCUCCUGCAGGGACAGACAGGAGCCGAAACACUCAGAGGAAAAGAUUAUCAGUGAUGACAUCAGUGACAUCUUCCGUUUUCUCGACGACAUGAGCACCUGUGACUCUCUGGGGGUGGUCCAGCCAUCAAGUCAGAACAGUAAUGGCUCCCUGUCUCAGUUAACGCUGAAAUCGGAGGGCGACAGCUCCCCUGAGCACGGCGGCGGGCUGGACAGGUCCAAGCUGGACCGUUUGCUCCAUCUGCAGGAAAACACAGAUGACGAGUUGAAACUGAGUGUCAGCAAACUGGUGAUGAGAAUUGCAGAGAUAGAGAAAAAACUUGAGACUCUUUCUGGGGUCCGUAUGGAGAUGUCCCAGGUUCUCUCUAAACUCAACAAACUGGAUCAGAACAACCAGGAGCCGGAGACCAACAAGAAACCAGGGAAGAACACAGGUGCUGUGUCUGGUUCUACCUGCGACAAAUCAGCACCUCAGCAUCAUCCGCAUUCUGACGGUCUCCUCUCAGCCCAUCUUUACUCAUGCCACACCAUUGGUCACAGCAUGAGAGCAGGAAGUGGGGAACCUGGAGAAGGUCAGUCAGAUAAGGGAAACAGCGACAGUCUCAGAAUAAGAGCUCUGAAAAGGAGCCUUUAUGCUCAGAGGCUUUCAAGAUCACAUGUUGAGGAGAGCAGUGCUACUGAAUCAAAGGUAGCCAGCAUGAGCAAUUCUCCUCGCACCUUGAGAGCUGUGUCCAUCUCGUGUCGCCAUGGAGACAGGAACAUGGACAAUGAUGAUAGCCAGGACAGACAUUGGAAAGCUAAAGAGGCAGAGCAGCAGCAGUAUUAUGAAGUCUCCCGGAACCCAGGAGAGGCUUCGCUGUUGUCCAAACCAGCAAAGGAGCCCUACUUGGUGGAACAGAUUUACUCACCGCGCCCCUUCACCCUCACAUCGAAGGCUCACACAAAAGAUGGCUCCCUCUACACCGACCUGAAGCCUAGUCGGCCGUCACACAGCAAGAGCAGCCAUCCAGCCCGGAUCAUCCAGGAAUAUAGAUGUCAUCCAGGAGAAAAGAGGAAACCAAUUUUCAACCCACAGCAGAGCAUGGACGCCCUAAACCCCAACGACCUGGAGUACUGGAUGGAAGACAUCCACCCUGCAGGAUAUGACGCGCUGCUACGAAGGAAGGAGGCAGAGUUUAGGAGGGCUAAGGUCUGUAAAAUUGGAGCUCUGAUUGCAGCUGCAACCUGCACCGUCAUCCUGGUGGUUGUUGUUCCCAUUUGCACCAUGAAAUCCUGAGUAGAUUGGCUCCUGCAUUUUCAGACCUUCCCUCUAUCGAAGCAGGAACAUUUAGCACCUGUCAGACCUGCUGAACUGUUCAUUUUUUUGGUGCAGUACUAACUUACUCCAGUGACUAUAUUGAAACAUGACAAAAGAC